CCGAGCGAGUCCCCGGGGAGGGGCGGGCGGACCCGCAGCGCCCGGAACAAAGGCCCACAGAGGGGUCCGGGCCAGCUCGAUCCCCCGGGGGCGGGGGCGGCCCCCUCCCCACUCAGCUCCUCCCUCUCCUCCCCUUUUUCCACCCGGAGGCCCGGCCGGCACGCCGCCCGCAGCCUAGUUGCGCCAAGUUCGCCAACGGUUCCCAAGUUGUCGGCACGUAGGGGUAGGAGCUGGGUGGGGUGAGGACGGAGAGGAGGAGGGCUCCCCGGGCGCUUUGGACGCGGUUCAGGAAUCCGCCGCCGCUGCUCGCCGCUCGGGCCGAGCGGGGAGGGCGCCAGGCAGCACCGAUCGCUCGCUCACUCGCUGGCCGGGGCGGCGCCCGCCUGGCGCCUCUUCUCGCCGGGCGUGCGAACCGGCCGGGCAGGGCCGCGCUGCGCCUCCCUCUUGCCUUCCCCGGGGAGGGCGCGGAGCCGGGGCCCCGAGGGAGCUGGUUCCGCCGGGCCGAGGGCAAAGUUGCGAGCGGAUGCUGCCGGCGCCGGAUCCCAGCCGCGGAGAGUCGGACCCGCCCCCGCCGGAGGAGGCUCGGGGGCUGGGGAUGAGGGUGUCCCCCACCUGAAGACGACCAGCCAGGUCCUGAGUGAUGCCCCGGAGCUGAGUGCCCACGGCCCCACCCUUCCCCAUGGAGAAAGGACUUGCUUUGCCCCAGGACUGCCGAGACUUUCUGCACAGUCUGAGGAUGAGGAGCAAAUAUGCCCUUUUCCUGGCUUUUGUGGUGGUGGUUUUUGUCUUUAUCGAAAAAGAAAAUAAAAUUAUAUCGAGGGUCUCGGACAAGCUGAAACAGAUCCCCCAGUCCCUGGUAGAUGCCAACAGCACUGACCCAGCCCUGGUCUUGUCCGAGAACGCAUCCCUCCUGUCCCUGAGUGAGCUGGACUCGGCCUUCACGCAGCUGCAGAGCCGCCUGCGAAACUUCAGUCUGCAGCUGGGCUUGCAGCCCGCCCCGGAGACCGAGGGGCAGGUGGGGGAGGAGGAGGAACCUGCCAGCCCCGCGGAGCCGGGAGCCCGGCGCCACGUGCUCCUCAUGGCCACCACCCGCACUGGCUCCUCUUUCGUGGGUGAGUUCUUCAACCAGCAGGGCAACAUCUUCUACCUCUUCGAGCCCCUGUGGCACAUCGAGCGCACGGUGUCCUUCGAGCCGGGAGGAGCCAGCGCAGCAGGCUCGGCUCUGGUCUACCGCGACGUGCUCCAGCAGCUCUUCCUGUGCGACCUGUACGUGCUGGAGCAUUUCAUCAGCCCCCUGCCCGAGGACCACCUGACCCAGUUCAUGUUCCGCCGUGGCUCCAGCCGCUCACUCUGCGAGGACCCCGUGUGCACGCCCUUCGUCAAGAAGGUCUUCGAGAAGUACCACUGCAAGAACCGCCGCUGCGGCCCGCUCAACGUGACGCUGGCCGCCGAGGCCUGCCGCCGCAAGGAGCACAUGGCGCUCAAGGCCGUCCGCAUCCGGCAGCUGGAGUUCCUGCAGCCCCUGGCGGAGGACCCUCGGCUGGACCUACGUGUCAUCCAGCUGGUGCGCGAUCCCCGGGCCGUGCUGGCCUCCCGCAUGGUGGCCUUCGCUGGCAAGUACGAGACCUGGAAGAAGUGGCUGGCCGAGGGACAGGACCGGCUGAGAGAGGAGGAGGUGCAGCGGCUGAGGGGCAACUGUGAGAGCAUCCGCCUGUCGGCAGAGCUGGGCCUGAGGCAGCCCGCCUGGCUGCGGGGCCGCUACAUGCUGGUGCGCUACGAGGACGUGGCCCGCAAGCCCCUGGAGAAGGCCCGGGAGAUGUACCGCUUUGCAGGCAUCCCGCUGACCCCGCAGGUGGAGGACUGGAUCCAGAAGAACACCCAGGCCUCCCGGGACAGCAGCGGCAUCUACUCCACGCAGAAGAACUCCUCGGAGCAGUUUGAGAAGUGGCGCUUCAGCAUGCCCUUCAAGCUGGCGCAGGUGGUGCAGGCGGCCUGUGGUCCCGCCAUGCGCCUCUUUGGCUACAGAUUGGCGCAGGACGCCGCCUCCCUCACCAACCGCUCCGUCAGCCUGCUGGAGGAGCGAGGCACCUUCUGGGUCACGUAGGGGCCUGGGGCCGCACGCAACCCUCCUCAUGGAAGUGCCACCCCGCCUUCCUCACACCCAGGCCAGCUGUGAGCUGGUGACAGUCGCAGAGGAAGGCGGGCAGCCGCGCAGGGAGCAGGCCGCCCCUCUGCUGUAGAAGUAGCCCCCAGGCAGCUAGCUCCCCCACCGCCUCCGUGGGCUGGGGUUUUUUGCUGAGAACAGGACUGUGCCCUGCCCCCUUGAGGGCCAUCAAACCAAGACCCAAAGGGCAGGCUCAAGCAGGCCCAGCCUAUUGACGGUAUCUCUCUCUCUCACACACGUGCACACACACAUGCAAACACACAUGAAGCACACAUGAAGCAUAAAUGCCUGUAGACCUCAUGGGCCACAGUGCAAAUAUCCAACAGUGAGAAGGGGCUGUGGGCACUCAGCACAGUCUCCGGGUUUCUACACAACGCGCCCUGGAUUCUGGGCGGGUCCCUUUGUAAAGGGCUACCAGACGCACGCACGUGCAUAGAGACAAGCACUACGUGCACACCACGCCCGUGGGGAACAUCAUAAAAACACAAUCCCACAUACACGCAUAUGUGGAAACACAAGCUUUCCCACCGCUUUAGGCCCACAGGUUUAUAGGGUUUGUCUGUAUCACACACCUAAAGUGGAGCUUUUAAUGGUUUGGGAGCAGGGGAAAGAAAUGCGGUCCUGGGCUGCCGCCCCGCUCUCUCACUGGGUCGGGGUGAACAGUGGACACAGAGCUGCCAGGUCCCCGCCCUCUGCCCGCUUGGAGUCUCAGGGCUGCCUCCGCUGGCCCGUUCACGUCCUCCCUGCUGGCAGGCCGGAUAUUUUGAAAUGGUGCUGUUGACUCUCACGUGACUACAGUCCAAAGUCCCCAUCCCAGCUUGGCUGGUGUCCUAGUGCGUGUCCAUAUUUGAAGGCCACCUCAGGCCUGACUGGCAGAAGCAGCUGUGGUCCCUGGAAGCAAAAGGCACCUCACGGGUCCUGCGGCUUCCCACCAGGCCUCUGUGGGGCAGGGUCCGAUGGCAGUCCAGAGUGCUCUUGGGGGAGAGGUCACAUCGGGAUAGCCCCUCCCCUGAGAAGACAGGGACAGAGGUCAGCCCCCUGGUUGGUAGCCAUAGUUACAUGGUUAGUGUCUGGAAUUCCUCCUUUAGGGCUCUGGGAAGAGUAUUGCUUAACUUGGGAUGGGCUGGGUAUUUGUUUUCUGUUUUUUUUGGGGGGGGGGAUUAGGGUAUUUAUGGCUUGGUGUUUUGUUUUGUGGCUGUGUUUUCAUUUUUGUUUCUGCCGAAGUGCCUCCUGGAAGCAAACUGUGCUCGAGGGGCUGAGGGGGCUGAAGGGGCUCUGGGAGGGCCAGGAAAGUACUCUGGCUCUUGCCGGAGGCAGAGGAGGAGGAGGAAGAGCCUCCUCCCAGAAGGAUCAGAGCCUAGAUAGCCACAUGACAGCCCACCCAGGCUUUUCUGUCUCAACGCCAUGUGAGACAAGUCUCAGAAACCACCAGCAUUCUUUGCCACAUGUCCAGGAGCAGCACAAAUGAGCAGCCCUCACCCCUGCCCCGAGAAGAGGCCAGAUUUAAAUCUCUCUCCCAGGCUCCAUCACACUUGUGGCCCCAGGCCACAUCCCAGGGGUCAGGGCCCAUGACCAAGCAGCAAUGUCCCCAAAGUGGAAGGUUUUUCCCACUCCCAGCCCAAGCCGAGGAGCAAAGCUCAGCCCCAUCUCAGAACUUGCAGGAAGCUGUCACAGUUCACUGAGGGCUGUUUCUGAUUUCCUGGACGACCUCUCCUUCAGAGCUGUCCCACUGUUAAACCCAGGGGGCUGCGUUUCGGCUUCAGGAAUGUGCACGAGAGGGAAGGAAGGGGCGUAUCCGGCUGGAAACUGCCUUUUGAAAAGGUGAGGAUGGUAGCCAUCUACGAUGUCCAUUAUAAUCACUGUAUUUGAGCUGCUGGGUCUGCAUCACCAUGGACUUCAGCCAUUCAAGGAGGUCUCCACUCUAGGUUUUCCAGCCCAAGAAUAAGUUGUGCAGGGAGCUGGCUCUAAUUUGGGGGCCAAAGGGACUCCAGCCCUAAAAACUUGACCUUGGGACAGAGAGGGGCCAGGAUUUUUCUGGCAGGCCCAGAAGUUCUUCCCCAGCCCCCGCCCUGCUCCCUGUGCUGCCCCCUCCCCCGGGGUUGGUGGGGACGUGCUCCCCUGUCCAGGGUUCUUCCUGGGUCCUCCCAGUGCGGACAGCAGACUUCCUCCUUUCUUUCCAUGUCUGGGGCCAAGGCCUCCACCCUGAGCUCUGGAGACCUUCGGGACUUCUCAGGACAUUGACAGUGUGUACACUGCCAGUUGACUUUAUUUAUUUAUUUUGUGAAAAAGAAGAGACAGAAAUACAUUAUUAUUUGCAGGGACUUAGAGCUGUACCCAAAUCAAGAAAGACAAACUAAUAAUAAUAGAAACCAUGCACCCACCCCACACAAGGACACUCCGGGACAAUUCAGAAUACAAGAGGGGACUAAACCAAGACUGCUCGAGUCACGGUGUCCCAGGCUUUUGUUUGAAGAGAGUCCUUGGUUUGCUGUUGUUGAUUUGAAGAUGCAACAAAAAGGCCCUUUCUGCCGUAGGACCUUCACCCAGGCACCUGGAACAGGACCCAACCUGAGUGAGCAUUGCCUCGGGGCCCUGGGAAGCCUGGGGGUUUGGGGAAGGACAGGGUGGGGGGACUGCUGCCUGUCCACCCACCGGGGCCUGCUAGGAGCCCUGCCAUAGGGCUUUUGGCAUGGAACUUCGCUGGGGAAUGUGGUCCAGUGGGGGCUAGCACCUCCUUUUCCAGCAUUCUCUGCUCCUGUGGAUCCACCAGGAGCCUUCUGCUCCAAGGCACCCACCUGCCCGGAGACAGAGGGAGCAGUUGAGACCUCGCCUCACAGCUACCAGCUUCCCCAAAACAAGAGGCCCAUUCAGCAAUGCAUGCUUACUCAUUUUUUUUUUCUUCUUGAAGAAGAUCCCUUUAGCCUAGCCUGUAUAAAUAGCUCAGAACAUUCCAGACCGUGGUGAGACAGGGCAGUGUCUGACACCCUCUAGCCAUCGCCACCACUGCCCAUUUCUGGCUUCUCUUCUGUGCCUUGUUUGUGCACCUUGGCGUGGAUGAGGGCACGGUGGGGGCAGGGGGGGGGUCAGAGGGGCAGCUCUGUCUCGUGCCCCCACAGGCUGUCACUGAUUUAUUGCUAAGGUUGAGAGGCAUGAGGAAUUCUAGGCUUUGUCCCUUUAUGUGAUGCACACACUUGAAAACAAAUAACUAAAUGAACAGAAAAAAUGUUCAAAAUGAAGUUUACUCCCUACCUGCCAGCACUGGCAGCCAGAGGCCGGUCUAAUGGGGCAGCUGCUGACCAAACCCCCAAGAAGAGAAAACACCCACUCCAGCCAUGACAGUGGCAUCUCUCCCUGCCGCCUCUGCCAUCCGUCCGACAAUGGGACAAGUUCCAGCAGGAGGUCAGGGGUCCCUGACCCAGAAGGCGAUGCUUGGCCCAGGCAGGGGUGUGUCAGAUGCAGGUCUCUUCCAGCCCUGGGGGACCCUCCUACUCUAGGGUCUGUUUUCGUUAGCUGUGGGGCCUGUCCCUCCAUAGCCCAGCAUUGUGAAGGACAAGAGCAGAAGACCUGGCGGCUACGUCCCCGGCAGACCCCUCCCCCUCCAGUCCCAUAGGGCUGAGCGCAGUGGCAGGUCUCGGGAGGGCGGGUCCUGAGUCAGGAAGAGCUAUGGGGAGAGGGGGGUGGGGGAGCGGAUGCCUGCAGAGGCCAAAUGGGUCUUGUCAGUCCGUACAAACUGAAAGGAGCAUCCGCUGAAAUCCAGGGGCCUCGGCUUCCUGAGUUCACUUGUGAAGAGUCCCAGGACGUGGUCUGGCUGGACUGGAGGGAGGAGGCCCAGGGUUUCCUGAAUGCAGCCAUGCCGCCUCUCCACUGCCACGGUGUCAGGAAUAGUUGGAGCUACGCUUUACCUCAAAAGGAAAAGCAGAACUGGCAACUUCGGAUGUCUUAAGAGCUUCAAGAUCCUUGGUCUCAUGUCCUUUGUCAUUCCAUGACUGUGCCCGGGGACCAAUCACUUAUGUAUUUCCAAGGAUACAGUCAUGGCACCAUCCAUCUGAGCCUAGCUCAUAUUGGAAUCAGACAUGCUGUUUGGAAAAUGAGAUGCCCCAUGUCCCUGCUUCCUCUAACACUGGGCCUGACCUGGGCACCCCUGACGUCCCCGUCUCAUCUGUGUGCUCUGGGCCAAGUCUGCGAGGCUCCCCUGCUCCCUCCUGGACCCUGCAAGCUGUCUUUUUGCCAAGACCUCACCCCAUGUCAUGUUUCAUGGCCACAUGGUACAGGACACUCCUUGCAUGGCCAUGUGUGGCCAUGAUGUGUACAUAUGUGUCCGCAUGUGUGUAUGUGUAGUAUGCAGUUCAUUCUGCUUGGCCUCGUUGCUCCCAGGCCCAUGCCAUCGAUGUCCCGGAUGUCCUUACCCUGGCUCCAAUCUGCCGUCUCCUGGGAACGCGGGAGCUGUCUUUCAGAGAGCGGGCAGCCACCACCGGUCAGGGUCUGCUUUGUGGAACAGAAUGUGAACCCAUCACUUGAUGGCUUACUUGAUUAUUUAAUUAAAAAUGAAACAUGC